AUGGAGAUUGCAGUAUCAGCAGUAACCGGUGAACUCUUCAGCCGGUUCAUCUCCUUCCUCCUGAGCAAGUACUCGAGCCAUGAAAUUUCAGAGGAUAAGCAGCUGGAAAGACUGCAGCAGCUGCUCCUACGAAUAUGCGCGGUCGUCGAGGAGGCGGACGGGCGAUACAUCACCAACUCUGGGAUGCUGAUGCAGCUGAAGGGGCUUGCAGAUGCCAUGUACCGAGGGCACCAUGUCCUGGACAUGCUCAGGUGCAGGACCUUAACUCAGGAGAAUUCCAUCAAGGAGGUUCAGGUUGGCAGCCCAUUUCCCCCUCUCAAACGUUUUCGCGCAAUUGUUGAUGCUGCUGGGAAGGACAAGGCCAGGUACUUUGAGAUUCAUAGAACUUUGGAGAUAUUAGAAACAGCUGUUGAUCACAUGCCAGAAUUUGUUGUGCUUUUGGGUGGAUGCGAGCGAAUGUCGCGGAGGCCAUAUGAUGCAUAUCUUUACAUAGACAACUUCAUGUUUGGCCGUCAUACUGAAAAGCAGAGGCUUCUGAAUUUCCUGUUGGAAUACAACCCUCCAAGUCUUCCUGCUGUUCUUCCAAUCGUGGGAGGUCAUGCAGUUGGGAAAAAAACUCUGAUUGCACAUGUAUGCGCUGAUGAGCGGGUUCAAUCUCAGUUCUCUUCAAUUUUGCAUUUGAAUGAAGAUGAUCUUUUGAGAAUAGCACACAGUGAUACUCUCUUGUCAGGGAAGAUGUUGGUAGUUGUUGAGUUUGUUUCAGAUUUGAAUGAGAAAAAUUGGGAGGAAUUCUAUACAAGUCUAGCACAAAUGAAUGAAGGAAGCAAGGUGAUAACCAUAAGCAGGUUUAGAAAAUCAGAGAAACUUGGAACUGUGAAGCCAAUUUUACUUGACAUCCAUUCACAUGAAGAAUUGACCUACCUUUUCAAGACACUCGCAUUUGGAAGUGCAAACCCUAUGGACCAUCCACGAUUACUGCAAGUAGCCGAAGAAUUUGCCAUGCAAUUGCAGUUGAGAGGGUCACUUAUCUCAGUGAAUAUUUGUGCAGAUGUAUUAAGAUGGAAUUUGGAUGUCAAUUUCUGGAUUAGUAUACUGAACAGGUGCAUAACAGUGGCUGAAAAGAACUUCUCCUUGUACGGUAAGCAUGUUAGGUCACUUUUUGAACAAGGUCAUCGUCUAGAUAUCACCAACUUUGCUUCAUCUUCAGCUGCUCCAUUGCACAUCAUACCAUUUGCUGGUCACAGUAGUGCACUGAAGGACUUACAAAGGGUUACAUUAAGAGAACUAUUACUAGAUCCUAGUGUUAGACCAAAAGGUGACUUCAAUCUAGUUUCAUGGGAAUCAAGGCUACCUCCUUAUACUUCAUUUAUUCACUUUGUUCCAAAUUAUUCUCAAGAUUUUCCUAAAGAUAAACCCUUGUCAGGAAGGAAGCGUCGAGGAGAUCCUUCCUAA